UUUCCCCUUUUUUCUUCUUCUUUCUCCUUCUUUUUCUUUUGUUGAUUUGUCUGAAGAAGAAGGAGGUGUGUUAAUGUGUAUUAGAGAUUGACAGUGAAGCGAGUCUACUUUUUCUUUGUCUGCUUCUCUUCUCUGUCGCUUUUUCUUCAUUAUUUUUUACAUCCCACAUUCCGCAAUUUUGUCUUUAAUUUCAAACGUAACCCCCCAAUUUCCCCAUUCGUUAUCGCUUGUUUGCUUUAAAGCAAAAUCCAUCCUCUUCAACCUCUAAUCUCCGUGGGUUUUUGCUUAGACCCUUUUGAAAUCCUUCCAUUUCACCAUGGCGGACGAACCCCAACUAGCAGAUUUUCAAGCUUUUCUCUCAGAUGGGGUUUCGUUUUCUUCAGUUUUCUUUCUGAUUUGUUCGUUCGGGAGUGGAUUUUGAAGCAUUUCUGAGAUGGGUUUUGUUGUUUGUCUUUGAUCAUCGCUGAUUUAAACCCAUUUGCCUUCUCUCUGUCUCACAUUCCUCUGUUGCUUCUCUUUCUAUUUUCUUAGUCGUUUUAGUUUGAAGCUCCUAACUCGGAAAAUGAGGGAUUUCCCAUCUUGUUUUGGAGAAAAUGGUGUACAAGUUGCUGAUUUCUCUUCUUCAAAUAAUGGUAAGACUGCUCAAAACCUUGUCACUUGUGUUUAUCAAUGUCGAUUACGAGGGCGUUCUUGUCUGAUUAGUGUUACUUGGAGUAAAAAUCUGAUGGGUCAAGGGCUAAGUGUUGGCAUUGAUGAUUCUUCAAAUCAUUGUCUCUGUAAGGUUGAUAUUAAGCCAUGGUUGUUCUCUAAAAGAAGAGGGUCUAAAAGUUUAGAAGCUUAUUCUUGUAAAAUUGACAUUUAUUGGGACCUUUCUUCUGCAAAAUUUGUAUCUGGGCCUGAACCUCUGGAGGGUUAUUAUGUGGGAAUUGUAGUGGAUAAGCAAAUGGUUCUUCUUCUUGGGGAUUUAAGAAAAGAAGCUUUCAAAAAGUCCAAUUCCUCCCCUGUGCCUUCUUCUGCUGUCUUCAUUUCCAAGAAGGAGCACAUUUUUGGGAAGAAGGUAUUCUGUUCCAAAGCUCAGUUUUGUGACAAUGGUCAGAUUCAUGAUAUUGCUAUCGAGUGUGAUACAAAUGGCAUCAGCGAACCGUGCCUGAUUCUACGAGUCGAUUCGAAGAUGGUGUUGCAGGUGAAGAGGCUGCAAUGGAAGUUCCGAGGGAAUCACACCAUCUUGGUUGAAGGGCUUGCAGUGGAAGUGUUUUGGGAUGUUCAUAGUUGGCUGUUUAGUUCAUCACCAGGAAAUGCUGUUUUUAUGUUCAAAACAUGUUUGUCUGCUGAAAAGUUGUGGGGAAAUCAACCAGUUUGUGAUCCUAAUGCCUUGUCCUGGUCUUUCUCUCAGAGAUUUUCAGACAGCAAAUCACAAGGUCUUGGUUUCUCACUGAUGUUAUAUGCCUGGAAGAAUGAAUAGAGUGGUUUGCAGAUUAUUCUUUUCUAAUUUUUAACAAGAAAAAGAAACUCUUAGCGAGUGAGAGAUUUUUAUUAUCCCUUUCCGCUUCGAAUACAUUCAAUCCGAUAAAUGAUCGUCAAUUGUCUCCUCUUCCCUUUUCCCACCUUCUUGAGUAAACUGAGGCAUUUGAUUAUAUGAGAGAGGAUUUUGUUAUAGUUGGUUGUACAUUCUUUCAUCCAGUGUUUUAUGCUUUGUUUGAACUUUAUAUUAUUGUUGUCAAGUACAUAUCUAAUAUAUGAUCACUUAUUUUAGCUUCUUGCUAUUGAAUUUGAUCUUCCCAAAUCAUUACUUCUUAGAUUUUCUCGGUCGAUAUAACCCAAGUCCCCCUUGAUCACUCAUAAACUUUGUUUCCACAGUUGAAAUUUUAGAAAAGGAAAACAACCAGCUUCAACAUUCAACUUUCUGUGCUAACAUCGUUUGCUUUGCUGCUUUCAACGAUUUCUUGGGCUUUUUCUUUUCUUUCUUUUGUUGUAGGAGCUUCUGCUGGCGCAGAUAAGCAAGGACUUGCAGUUUGGUUAGUCAUGCCAACUGUUGUAAUUUAUGCUUGCUUGUUCAGUGUGUUUAGGUUCACAACUUUUAUAGCCAUGGAUGACCUCCAGAAAUCCAUGAUUUUGUUGAAAGGUUGUACUUUCUCUGGAAAGUCCAUCACCACACAAAUCAUCACAUCGAAUACGGUUUUUCGUGGAUUGCUCGAUGUAACUUUCUAUAACUUUAGACUUGAUCCUUUUGCCAGUUCUUUGGGUUCUCUUCGUCCACAAGUCUCAGCCUUCCAUGAUGAAGCUGCCAUCCGUUUCCGCUUGUGACCCAUCUUUUCAACUGCCAGCUUGCUGUGCAUAUUUUAAGCUCGUCGAUUGAAGUUUCCACAUUGUUAAGUACUUGGGCAAUUCAUCCUUCCUUGUAAGUAUUUUACGCAUAGUAUUAUUACUCUUGUGAAGAAAUUAUGCUCUAACAGCAGUUCAAACUUUUUAAGUUUACCAGCGAUCACUUAAUAUAGUAUCGGAGCAAGAACUCUCGGCUUCAAACCUCUAGGACAUCGUGAUUAGUCCACACAUGUAGGAGAGGUUGAAAGAUAUGCUCAUAAGAUCUUUGUUUAGUGGUAGUCUAACACAUUCUACUGAUUCUUUUUCCCUGCACUUUGGUGUUAAGGGGUUUUUUUGGUUGCUACACCAACACGGUUUCACCCAGUUUAGGAUAAACAGCUCUAAACUCUAUUUUAAAACAACCAUUAUACUUGUUGAAACCUGCAAGCUCGGGUUUCUCGUUUGAUUCGAAUGGGGUCGAAUGUUCAAGGGUACAUUGUAUCUAUGAGUGGUAAUGGAAUACCGGAUAUCUUUAGCUGAACGAUUCAAAAA